GUACCCCACCCAGCCUUUUCCCAGCUCUAAACAGUAGAGAUUCAGGGUUAGUCCCAGAGUGUUGCUUGGAAUCGCUGGGAGAGGAGGUGCAUUGAGAGAGAAGAGAGAGAGGUGUAGUCAGUGUGUCCCUGUCUUCCUCUAGCUACCAGAGAGCGAGACCGAGAGAGAGAGAGAGAGAGAGAGGACCCCUUCAUCUGAAACAUAUUAAACUCUGGAGAGGAAACAUCUGACAGACUUCUGGCAGCCCUUAGCUCACAUGAGCUCCUCUGAGUAGCUGGUAUUUACUGACAGAGAGGACAUCCCAUACAUGUUGCAGCAGCAACAUUCUAAAGCGUUUACCUUUUAUUCCGAAGAGACGCUUCUCCCAUCUUCACCAGGAGUCAAGAGUGGUGACUGUGUAGAAGAGUGAAGACCCAGACCAGAGCUAUAACGAGACCCAGACCAGAGCUAUAACGAGACCCAGACCAGAGCUAUAACGACAUUAAGCAGCCGUACAGUAACAUUCAGUACCAUCCUGUGAGUGGCCCGCUGAGAAGAGGCUCAGAGGAGAAGAGUUCACAUUAGCACAGGAAACACCUGAAAACGCUCCCAGGUUCACCCUCAGGAAACACAGACGCAACACACACACACUCCCACACACACACACACACACACACACACACACACACACACACACACACACACUCACUCCCACAGAUAAUUUACUGAACUCCCAAGCUCCCUCACAUUCCUCUAGGUAGAUCAUUUCCUCUUGAAGGGCAACGAUCAAUCAACCAAUCAGCCAAUCAUUCAGCCAGUCAGCCAAUCAGGAUGUCUCGUUGGGGCCGUAAGGAAGUGAAGAAAACUCCUGAGGUGAUCAGGACAGUAACGGAGGGGCUAAAGUCUCUGUACCGUCAGAAGCUCCUCCCCCUGGAGCAGUUCUACGGUUUCCAGGACUUCCACUCCCCCUCUCUGGAGGACGCAGACUUCGACAACAAGCCCAUGGUGCUGGUGGUGGGCCAGUACUCCACUGGCAAGACGACCUUCAUCAAGUAUCUGUUGGAGCAGGAUAUCCCAGGAAGCAGGAUCGGGCCAGAGCCCACCACCGACUGUUUCACAGCCAUCAUGCACGGUGAGGUGGAGGGGGUGAUCCCAGGCAACGCUCUCAUCGUUGACCCCAACAAACCCUUUCGCAAGCUCAACCCCUUCGGAAACACCUUCCUCAACAGGUUCCAGUGCGCCCAGCUGCCCAAUCAGGUCCUGGAGAGCAUCAGCGUCAUCGACACGCCGGGGAUCCUGUCGGGAGCGAAGCAGAGGGUGAGCCGAGGCUAUGACUUCCCAGCGGUGCUGCGUUGGUUUGCGGAGCGCGUUGACCGCAUCAUCCUGCUGUUCGACGCCCACAAGUUGGAGAUCAGUGACGAGUUCUCUGAGGCCAUCGGAUCGCUGCGGGGCAAUGAGGACAAGCUGCGUGUCGUCCUGAACAAGGCUGACAUGGUGGGAACACAACAGCUGAUGAGAAUCUAUGGGGCUCUAAUGUGGUCCCUGGGCAAGGUGUUCAACACCCCAGAGGUCCUGAGGGUGUAUAUAGGGUCGUUCUGGUCCGAGCCGCUGCUGGUCCCUGAUAACCGUCGUCUGUUUGAAUUGGAAGAGGAGGAUCUGUUCAGUGACAUCCAGAACCUUCCCCAUAACGCUGCCCUCAGGAAACUCAACGACCUGGUGAAGAGGGCACGACUGGUCAGGGUGCAUGCCUACAUCAUCAGCUAUCUAAAGAAGGAGAUGCCAACCUUCAGGAAGGACAAUAAGAAGAAGAACCUGAUCUACCAGCUUCCUGUCAUCUUCUCCAAGAUCCAGCUGCAGCACCACAUCUCUGCUGGGGACUUCCCUGACUGCGCCAAGAUGCAGGAGCAGCUGUUGAUCCACGACUUCACUAAAUUCAAGCCCAUGAAGCCGUCCCUGAUGGCCGCUCUGGACGAGCUUCUGGCUUCCGACAUCGCCAAGCUGAUGCCGCUGCUGCGCCAGGAAGAGAUCGACGCUGGGGUGCAGCCAGGGGUGCAGGGGGGGGCCUUCCUGGGGACCCGCGCCGGUCCCUUUGUGGAGAACGACCCAUUCGGAGAGGUGGAGAACGGGGGCGAGGACGGGGAGGACGGGGGCGAGAUGGCCUGGGUGGUGACCAAGGACAAGCCCAAAUAUGAUGAGAUCUUCUACAACCUGGCGCCCAACGAGGGCAAGCUGAGUGGCACCAAGGCCAAGGACUGGAUGGUGAGCACCCGGCUGCCUAACUCCGUCCUGGGGAGGAUCUGGAAGCUGUCGGAUGUGGACCGGGAUGGCAUGCUGGAUGACGAGGAGUUUGCCCUGGCCAGCCACCUGAUCGAGGUGAAGUUGGAGGGGCAUGGUCUGCCCCCCGAGCUGCCCGCCCGUCUGGUGCCCCCCUCCAAGCGCAGACAGAAAGGAUCUGAUAUAUAGAAGACUAUUACAUCAACCCACCCUGAGGAGCUGACAGCAUAACCCUCCGACGGCUGACACACACGCUACUGCCCCCCUACGUUGUCCUCUUGUCUCCUUGUCUUUAUGUCUGUAAGCCCCUGGUGCAUCUCCAUAGUCUUAGGUAGCUUCCUCUGGUCGUUUCAUCUCCUGUCCAUUUUUUUCUUCUUCGAGGGAGAGUGGAGAGAGACAGUAAGAAAAGGCUUGACAGAGUAGCGGAGAUGAGACUCCAACCCUACGUCACCAUGGGGGCAUGUGAUGUGUGGUCUGGAGUCCAGUGUGUCUCCAGUCUGGUUCCUUUCCCAUAGUGCAGAUGAAUGAAAGGAAAGGAGGAGGGGAAUAUACUGAACACUAUUGAAAUGCACCCCAACUUUGUCUUAUUGGAUCUAAAUGUGUUUAGCUGAGCUGAGGUCAAAUAAAGGCUAGUGGCCCACACUGCUCUACUCUAUUAUA